UUGUCCACGAUUUGCCUGGAGAAACUGCACAGUAUCAGCAGGGGAACAGGAUACAGAGCGCUUCCACAAGGCGAGUCAGUCAAUAAUUCAGAAGGGACUGUGGGGAGCACUGACCAGGGAUCACUGCACUAGGCUUUGAUGGAUAAGCGAUGGGGUCCUGCACAGGGCUUCAAUGAGAUUUGAUUGACAGUGCCCUGAGCAAAUGUGCAAAGUGGGAAAGACAUCGCUGAUUACGAGGUUCAUGUAUGACAGCUUUGAUAAUACGUACCAGGCAACUAUCGGAAUUGAUUUUCUAUCAAAAACAAUGUAUUUGGAAGACCGAACAGUGCGGUUGCAGUUGUGGGAUACAGCAGGGCAAGAGCGAUUCCGAAGUUUGAUUCCCAGCUACAUACGUGAUUCCACUGUAGCUGUUGUUGUCUUUGAUAUUACAAACGUGAACUCCUUUCAGCAGACCUCAAAAUGGAUUGAUGAUGUCAGAACAGAAAGAGGAAGUGACGUUAUCAUUAUGCUAGUGGGUAACAAAACAGACCUUGCAGACAAAAGACAAAUUACGACCGAGGAAGGAGAACAAAGAGCCAAAGAACUGAAUGUAAUGUUCAUUGAAACCAGUGCAAAAACUGGAUAUAACGUCAAACAGCUCUUCCGACGUGUCGCAGCAGCUUUGCCUGGGAUGGAGAGCAUGCAGGAAAAGAGUAAAGAAGGAAUGAUCGAUAUCAAGCUGGAUAAAGCUCAAGAGCCCCCGGCCAGCGAAGGAGGUUGUUCUUGUUAAUAGAGAGCCUUGGAUC